AACGAAUGACUGAGGAUGGGUACAAAGGGCGCUAUGGUCGGUUUCGGUUUGGUUAUAUUGCUGGUUUCAGUGGUUGUAGCUGAAUCACCCCCGACUGUUGAUUAUGGCAAACCAGUGCCUCCUCCAUGUCCCAAAAAUGAGGUACGUCGCUGUCAGAACACCUGCCCGCCAGACGGCUGCAUCACCUUAUAUGCGGCUUUCGAUUGCAUCGCCAACCAAACUUGUGUUAACGGCUGUUACUGCAAAAACGAUUACCUGAGGAUCGGUCGAAAUGGCCCGUGCGUUCCCAGGGACCAGUGUCCCCCGAUUAAUUGUGUCAGCGAUUCCAACGCUCGGCGAGGUUGUGGAGACAAAUGUGGCAAGACAUGUGCAGACUACAACAGUAAUCCUAUUUGCCCGAAACGACCUUGCAAAAAUGACGGAUGUGACUGCAAAGAGGGAUACGUGCAUGAUACGAAUCAGGACAAGUGUGUUCUUCCUAAGGACUGCACGCCUAACAAAUGCGGAAAAAAUGAAGAAUACUAUUGCGGACCGUCUUGUCCGGACAAUGAAGCUAGUUGUUCCAAACCCAACCCGCCCACUUGCAUCAACAAGAGAUGUGAAUUCAAAUGCUUUUGCAAGAAAGGCUACGUGAGGGAUGAUAAGAACGGCAACGUUUGCAUUCCCGUCGAUAAAUGCCCUAUAAAUUGCACCAAGAAACACGAAGUAUACUUCAAUUGUUUAGCUGGCCAAUGCGGUCCCAAAAAAUGCGGUGACUUGGAGAGGUCACUUUCAUGUCCUGGCCUCGGCCGAGGUCCCUGUCCCGGUGGUUGCCUAUGCGAACAAGGCUAUUUAAGAGACGUUAAUGGAAAUUGUAUCAAGAUGGAGAACUGCCCUCCGAAACCUUGUGGAGGGAAUCAGACUUGGACGCCUUGCAACGCACCUUGUCCCUAUCCACGUUGCCCAAGAGACGACAAGCCGCCACCGCCGUGCGUCAAGAUAGAACCAUGCUACCCAGGAUCUCCAGUGAAGUGCACCAGAACUAACGAGGAGUACAAUUCUUGCCCCAGAAAUGGUAUAACCUCAUGUUCCCAGCUUGGUACAACGCCUGUUGAGAGUACUGGGCCAACGAUCUGUAAACCGGGGUGUGUCUGCAAAAAAGACUUCUACAAGAACGACAACGGCACGUGUGUUACAAGAUGCGAAUGCCCCACAAGAACACCUGAUAGCAAUGACAAGGAAUGCACUAAGCCCCACGAAAGAUGGACGGACUGCUACAUCGGUGAAUGUGCGCCUAUCACAUGUGGCGACCUGGGCAAACCACUGGCAUGUCCCUUUAUAGCACCGCCUUGCGCGGGUGGCUGUAUUUGCGAACAAGGGUUUGUGAGGAACGAGAAUGAAGAUUGUAUAGAUGCCAAGACAUGCCCAAACUGUGGCGGAGAUCGUAAUGCACAAAGUGGCUGUGGCAAUGCCAAUUGUAGACCAACUUGUGCAAAUCCAGCUGGGACACCUGCAACGGAGUGUACCACAUUUUGUCAAUUUAAUGGCUGUGACUGCAAGGAGGGCUACAUUCUGAACACAGAUGUUAACCCACCGAGAUGCGUUCUCCCUAAGGAUUGUAAAAAAUCCAAGCAAUGCAACGGACCGCAUGAAAUAUACAUGGACUGUCCAGCUGGCCAAUGUAUCGCCAAAACUUGUGAUGACCUUGUGAAUCCACCUGGUUGUCCAAGAAUAAAACCUCCGUGCCCAGGGGGCUGUGUUUGCGAAAAUGGAUAUUUGAGGGACAAAAAUGGAAAAUGCAUACGGAAGGAACAGUGUCCUUCUCUGCAAUGUAAAAAGAAAAACGAACGCUGGUCCAACUGCGUGAUUGGAGACUGCUCUCCAAGGCAUUGCGAAGACGUUGGGUAUCCGGUACCCUGCCCAGACAUUAUUGGCCCCUGCGCUGGUGGCUGUGUUUGCAUUGAAGGCUUCGUAAGAAACUGUGAAGGAGAGUGUAUUGACAUGAAGGAUUGUCCAUGUUGUGGAGGAAGUCCUAACGCAGUAAGCGGUUGCGGUAACCCAUGUGGUCAGACCUGCGCAAGCCUCUAUGCGAACAAUUCCGACUUGAUCUGCCCCAAAUAUUGCGAGUACAAUGGCUGCGACUGCAAACCCGGAUACCGUUUUCUAACAGAUAGCACGGAGUCUAAAAAAUGUGUUCCGGAGAGUGAAUGUCCUAAGCCUACAUGUGGAGCAAACGAACAGUACUACUGCGGUACUUCAUGCCCCGAAGCCACCUGUGUCAACCCCAAGCCUCCGACAUGCGUCAACAAGAAAUGCAAAUUAGGUUGCUUCUGCAAGAAAGGAUUCGUCAGAGACUUCAACAACACAUGUAUACCGGUCAACAAAUGCACCAAAUGUAAAGGACCCCAUGAGAUACUCAUAAGUUGUCCACCCGGUCAAUGUAUCCCAAAAACAUGUAAGGACCUAAUAAUUCCGCCUGGUUGCCCGAGAGUAAUACCUCCUUGCCGAGAUGGCUGUAUUUGCGAAGAAGGAUAUCUACGAGAUGCAAAUGGGAAAUGUAUUGAGAAGUCACUAUGUCCCAAACCUCAUUGCAAAGCUAAUGAAACCUACGUAUCCUGUGCUGUCAAGUGUUUCGACAAGCGCUGCCCGAAAAUCGAUGGACCCCAGCCUGUAUGCGACCCGCCUAGACCCUGCCCUCCAGGGUGCAUAUGCAAGAUCAAUUAUAGAUAUGACCAAUCUGGAAAAUGCAUACUUGCUUCUGAAUGCCCACCAUUAAAAUGUAAGGAUCCCAACGCUAUGUGGGAUCCAUGCCCCUCAGCCUGCUUGAAUGAGCAAUGCGACGCAGCUGACUCUCCGCCCGUAACGUGCAACACAUUACUUCUCAAUUGCAACCCUCGAUGUGUUUGUAAACCAGGGUAUUUUAAACACCCGAAAACCGGAUUAUGCGUGCCAGCUAAAGAAUGUCCGGGCGUGUGUAAAGAUCCCAACGCCUCCUGGAAAGAUUGCCGUGACCCCUGCCCAGGCACUUGCAAAAACACUAAACCUCUAUGUUUGAGCAAAGUUUGUAGCCCCGGAUGUCAGUGCAAUGAAGGCUACGUUUUAUCUAAACAGGGGAAAGGGGGAAUAUGCGUUAAAAUUGAAACAUGCGCAGAUUAUAUCCACUGUCCCCCCAAUCAGACCUUUGUACCAUGCACAUUUAAAUGCCCCCAAGUAAUGUGUCCAAGGUCAGACCAAACGCUUUUGUGCAAGCCACCACGAGACUGCCCUGGGGGGUGUGGUUGCAAGCCCUACUAUAGAUAUGACUUCAAUGAUAACUGCAUCAAGUCGGCUGAUUGUCCUUCAGUAGAAUGCACCAGGCCAAACGAGGUGUGGAAGUGCAAACAUAUCGGUGACUGGGAAAAUUGCGAUGAGAGAUACAACUCUCCUCCGUUUUGGGAAGGCGACCCUGAUGACUGCGAACCGAAGUGUGCUUGCGAAAAAGGGUAUUGGAGAAACCCUCAGACAAAUACGUGUGUUACAGAAAAAGAAUGCCGUAAGUAGAUG